AUGACAGUGAAGUUGGGAGACGGCGGCGGGGAGGACGGGCUCAAGAAGCUGGGCAAGCGUGCGGCCGAUGAGGACUCCCUGGAAGGCGAAGGCGCCGGUGGAGGGGACGCGGCAGAGGAGGAGACGAGCGGCACAAAGGCGGCGGAGCAGCCCCUCAGCAGUGGCAGCGCCGGGCCCCUUGGUCCCCCGGCUCCCUGCGCCCCGCAGGGCUCUCCCCAGGAUCAGCACCACUUCCUCAGAUCCAGCGUCAGACCACAGAGCAAGAGACCCAGGAAGGACGUGUCCUGUUCAGCUGGUGGCUCCGGGGCCCGGGGCAAAGGAACUGACAGCAGUGGAGCAGCAUCUGGAAAUGGGCCUGUCGUUGCCCCCACUGCCCCUGCCGGGGGCUCACGCCCCUCCUCCCGGAACCUAGGGUCAUCGGGAGGUGACAAGGAGGAGGGCAAGAAGGUGCGGCGGCAGUGGGAGUCCUGGAGCACGGAGGACAAGAACACCUUCUUUGAAGGGUUAUACGAGCAUGGGAAGGACUUCGAGGCAAUCCAGAAUAACAUCGCCCUGAAGUACAAGAAGAAAGGCAAGCCCACCAGCAUGGUGAAGAACAAGGAGCAGGUCCGGCACUUCUACUACCGCACGUGGCACAAGAUCACCAAGUACAUUGACUUUGACAAUGUGUUCUCAAGAGGACUGAAGAAGUCGUCCCAGGAGCUCUACGGACUCAUCUGUUACGGGGAGCUGCGCAAGAAGAUCGGGGGCUGCAUGGAUGACAAGAAUGCCUCGAAGCUGAAUGAGCUCAUCCAGGCUGGGGCCACCACAGUUCGCUACAAAGGGAGGAACCUGCGGAUCAAGGCGCCCAUGUGCCGAGCUCUGAAGAAGCUCUGUGACCCUGACGGCCUCAGUGAUGAGGAGGACCAGAAACCUGUCCGCCUGCCCCUGAAGGUUCCUGUGGAGUUGCAGCCUCGCAACAACCAUGCCUGGGCCCGUGUGCAGAGCCUCGCCCAGAACCCUCGGCUCAGGAUGAUUGUGGAGCUUCAUCGAAAGGUCUCUAGCCUCAUCGAGUUCCUGAAGCAGAAGUGGGCCCUUCAGGAGGUGCGAGUCCGCAAGACAUUGGAGGAGCGGCAGCUUCAGGAGCCAUGCCCGGCGGAGGAGAGACUAACGCUGCACCUAUUUCCAGGCGAGAACUCCACGGUGACGCCACUGCCAGGAGUGGCCAGGGUGGUGCACUCCAAGGCCUACUGCACAGUGCACUGGCAAGAGAGCGGCCGUUGCAAGCAGGGCACCCGUGAUGCCCACACUCUGCCACCUGCCCAGAUCCUGGGCAUCCAGAGUGGCCAGGGCACAGCCAGGGGCCAGGUCAAGUGCGCCCGGGGUGCAGCUGAGGGCAAGGCCACUGGGCGGCCCACUGUUCCUGCUGAUACUUCACAGAGUUCUGGAGAGAGUUCCCCUGAGAGUGGCCCUGGGGAGGGGACAACCCCAAAUUUGAGGAGCCCUGAUGCCCCAGAUAGGCUCCCUGCUGGACUGCUGGACACCAUAGUGGGCCUGGAGAAGGGCCCCAUGGACGGUCCAGUCUGUGUCCCAGGCCCUGGGUCCAGUGAGUUGUGCACCUGCGGCCAGCCGCCAGACCUGGAAGAGGAUCUGUCCCUGUUGGACCCUGUUCCCCGCUACAUGAAGUCCUGCCAGGACCUCAUCAUCCCAGACAAGUGCCAGUGUGCAGACUCUCGAGCUAGGGCUGAGCGACCAUCCUCUGGGUGCUGCACCUCUCCUGAGGCCUGUGCUCCCAGUGCUGGGGAUGCUGUGGACCUGGCUCAGGGUCCAUACCCCGUCUGUGCCCCACCUCAUCCAGAACCCCCACCCAGCCAAGGCCGUGGACUGCAGCCUGAUGGUGGUGGCACUAAAGACCCAGCUGAGGUGUCUGCAGAGGAGCUACUGGAGAAAGGGAUGGCCGUGGACACCGUGCCCCCGCCUCCUCCUGUGCAGCCCACCAGCAGGUUGGCCCAGCAGGUGCGUGAGGAGGGCUGGAACAUGCAGACGUCCGAAAGCCUCACGCUGGCCGAAGUCUACCUCAUGCUUGGCAAGCCCAGCAAGCUGCAGCUGGAGUAUGACUGGCUGGCUGUGCCGGGCCCCCUGCCCCACACCGGCCCCGCACCUGCUGCACUGCACAAACAACGCCUGCUCAGCUGCCUCCUCAAGCUCAUUGCCACUGAGGUCAGCCCCAAGCCGGCUCAGGAAGCCACUGCUGCCUCUAUGGCCUCCGUGAAGCCCACCCAGGAGGAGCAGCCACUGCCACCUUCUGGGAAGGUGGUAGCUGUCAACUCUCGGAGCCCCCGAUGUCCUCGCAGCAAAGCCUUUUCCCCAAACACUGCACCCUGCUCCUCAGGUUUGAGGAACCCCCCAAGACCACUCCUGGUGGCUGGCCCCGCUAACACAGGCAGCAGCGACUCCGAUGGCGGCCUUUUUGCCAUCCCCACGACUCUGCCACCCAACAGCCGUCAUGGGAAGCUCUUCUCCCCCAGCAAAGAUGCUGAGCUUUCAUUCCGCCAACACCUGAGCUCGGUCAGCAUGAGUUCGGAUUUUUUCCUGCCAAAGCCCCAGAAGCUGCGAAACCGGCACCUGCGGAAGCCACUGGUGGUCCAGAGAACACUGCUGCCACGACCGUCAGACAGCCAGGCCCACAACGUGUGCUCAUUCUCCAUCCUGUCCAACUCUUCCAUCACCGGGAGAGGUUCAUUCCGGCCCAUCCAGUCCUCUAUGACCAAAGCUGCCCUGUCACGGCCCAUUGUGCCCAAGGUCCCUCCACCCCAGGCCACCAACCACCUAGCCAGUGCCAUUGACCUGGCUGCCAAGAGUGCCGGCAUCAUCCCUGGGAGUCCCCUCCCUGUCUUAGACCCCAAAGGCCUAUCAGGCAUCUCUCCGCUGCCUUCAGAUGAUGUGACUGCAGCUGUUGCCAGCCAGGACUCUGCUGGAUCCCACCAGAAUGGACACCCCAUCUCCACUGUAGGGACCGCAAGCAGUCCCUUCAUCAGUGUCCCCACGAGGCUUGAGCCAGAGCCAGAACCUGCAGCAGACAGCUUCCAGGGCUCCUCUGUCCUCUCCUUGUCUGAACUCCCCAAGACUCCACUCCAAAACGGCCUCUCGACACCGCUCCCCUCGUCAGAAGGUUCCAGCACUCGGCUCUCUCCGCCCAAUGUAUCUGCCUUACUGGACCUCUCCCUCCCUGGGCCACCCGAGGAUGUGCUCUCACAGGGCGAGCCUGCCACCCACAUCAGUGACUCCAUUAUUGAGAUCGCCAUCAGCUCUGGACAGUAUGGUGAAGGCGUCUCACUUUCUCCAGCUAAACUGAAUGGCAGCGACAGUUCCAAGAGUCUUCCCUCCCCAUCCAGCAGUCCCCAGCCCAACUGGAUCGCCUCCCCUACCCAUGACCCCCAGUGGUACCCCAGUGAUUCCACUGACUCUUCACUCAGCAGCCUCUUUGCAAGCUUCAUCUCCCCAGAGAAGAGCCGGAAGAUGCUGCCCACGUCUUCUGGGACAAAUAGUGGCACUUCCUUAUUGGGCCCUAGCUUGCUGGAUGGAAACUCAAGGGACUCCUUUGUGUCCAGGUCACUGGCUGAUGUCGCUGAGGUUGUGGACUCCCAGCUGGUAUGCAUGAUGAAUGAAAAUAGCAUCGAUUACAUCUCCCGAUUCAAUGACCUGGCCCAAGAGCUGUCCAUUGCUGAUCCUAGCCGCCGGGAGGUCCUAUUUGAUGGUGGCGGGCCCCCCAUCGGUGACCUGUCCCAAUGA